AUGCAGGAUGCGGCUGAUACCGAUGCACCACAAGCUGAGGCCAACACUGGUUGGGGUGAAUGGGUGCCACGAAGGUGGUCUCCUACCAACUAUGUACCUGAACCUACAACCCCUCCUUUCUCCGGUGGUACUUCAGCCUCAACUCCAAAUGCCGACAUCACUCACAUGCUUCAACAGAUGGAACUCGUCAACAAAGAACGCCACGAAGAAGCACGCUAUUGGCAUGUUCAACAAACUGAAUGGCACAAUGAGCAUCGUGACUGGCAUGAUGAGCACACACGGAUACUUCACUUGUAUCGAGAUGGAUUUCAACCAGACUAUUGGAUUUGGACUCAACAUGGAGAAGUAGAGCUCAAUGUUAAUACAAGGAAUGAUUCAAAUAGUAGUGAGCAUGUGCAUCAUGAUGACCAAAUUGAGGCAAUGAAUCAGAUGGUGUAUGAUGCUUUUAGGCCUUAUGGAGUAUUCUCUCACGUGAAUGAUAACAUAGAAGUUGAGGAAUAUACGGAAGAUGAGUUUCCCAACGAAGAUGCCAAACGAUUUUAUGACAAGUUGAUAUCUUUCAACAAGCCCAUUUAUGAGGGAGCUACCCAAUCAAUAUUAUCAAUAUCUACUCAACUUCUUGAAAUUAGGUCUAAUUGGCAUGUACCACAAAAAGGUUUAGAUUUUGUUGCACAAAUGCUUAAAAGUGUAUGUCCAGUUCAAAAAUGCUUGCCCGAUAACUAUUACCAAGCAACACAGUUGGUAUCUAAGUUAGGGCUAAAGGUUGAGAAGAUUGAUUGUUGUAAGAAUGGUUGUAUGUUAUAUUACAAGGAUGAUAGCAAUCUAUCAGAGUGCAAAUUUUGUAAUGCUCCUAGGUUCAUUCCUCGCAAGACUGGCAUGGGAAAGUACAAAGAUAUCCCAGUGAAGAGAAUGUUCUACUUCCCAAUCAUUCCCAGAUUACAAAGAUUGUAUGCAUCAACUGAGUCGGCAAGUGAAAUGAGAUGGCAUCACAUGAACAAAAAUAGUUCCAACAUCCUUCGCCACCCGUCAGAUGGAAAAGCAUGGAAACAUUUUGAUAGUGUAUAUCCUGACUUUUCUAGGGAACCCAGAAAUGUAAGGUUGGGUCUGUGUUCAGAUGGUUUUACUCCUUACAUUCAAGCGUCUGCUUCUCCAUACUCAUGUUGGCCAAUAAUAGUUACUCCGUAUAAUCUCCCCCCUGAAAUGUGCAUGACCAAACCAUACUUGUUUUUGGCAUGCCUCAUACCCGGACCUAAAAACCCUAAAUUAAAGAUAGAUGUCUACUUGCAACCAUUGAUUGAUGAUCUACAUCGAUUGUGGUCCAAUGGAAUAUUGACCUAUGAUAUAUCUACAAAACAAAAAUUCAUCAUGAAAGCCUGCUUGAUGUGGACAAUUAAUGAUUUUCCAGCCUAUGGUAUGUUAUCUGGAUGGGGAACACAAGGUAAAUUGGCAUGCCCUCAUUGUAUGGAACACACUGAUGCUUUCACCUUGAAAAGUGGCCAUAAGAAUUCCUGGUUUGACUGUCAUCGUCGUUUCUUGCCAUCUAAUCACUCCUUCAGAAGGAGUAAAAGAAGUUUCCUAAAAAAUAGGGUUGUGACCAAUGAGCCACCUCCCAUUUCCACAGGGAAAGAUAUAUGGGCGGUAAUAAGUAAUUUUCCAAAAGUUACUGAAAUUGGAUGGGAGGCGAAAUGGAAAGAAUUCGAAGGGUAUGGAGUGGAUCACAAUUGGAAAAAGCGAAGUAUUUUUUGGGAUCUCCCAUAUUGGAAGGAUAAUUUGUUAAGGCAUAACCUCGAUGUGAUGCACAUAGAAAAAAACGUCUUCGAUAAUAUAUUUAAUACUGUCAUGAAUGUUAAGGAUAAAACAAAGGAUAAUGAAAAGGCAAGAGAAGACUUGGCUAAAUUAUGCUUUCGCGGGGACUUGGAGCUCCAACCCUUAGAAAACGGAAAGAAUGGUAAACCAAAGGCUAGUUACACUCUAACCAAAUCUGAAGCCAAGUUGGUUUGUAAAUGGCUUAAGGAAUUGAGAAUGCCAGAUGGCUAUGCUUCAAACCUCAGUAGGUGUGCCAAUGUAGAAAAGGGUACGGUGCAUGGGAUGAAGAGCCAUGAUUGUCAUGUUUUCAUGGAAUGUUUACUCCCAAUUGCAUUCCAUUCAUUGCCAGAUUUGGUUUGGAAACCAUUAACUGAGUUAAGUCGAUUCUUUAAAGAUCUUUGUUGCAAUACAUUGAGGAUGGACGACUUAAUUAAGUUGGAUGAGAAUAUUCCAAUUAUCAUAUGCAAGUUGGAAAGCAUUUUUCCACCAGGUUUCUUUGACUCAAUGGAGCAUCUUCCAAUCCAUCUUGCCAAAGAAGCAAUUCUAGGUGGUCCAGUACAGUACCGAUGGAUGUAUCCAUUCGAAAGAUUUAUGGGAGUCUCAAAGAGGGCAGUGACAAAUAAGGCUAGAGUUGAAGGUUCCAUAUGCAGUGAUUAUAUACAUCGCGAGACAAAUUACUUUUGCUCUCAUUAUUUCAACUCUUUCCGUUUGUUGCCAACCAUAAAUCUUAGUAACAAACCUCAUUUAGACAAUGAUGACAUUCUACCUACAAUCAUAUUCUUAGAGAACCACUCUCUAGAUAUAGAAGAUUCAUCUGGGCGCAUACAUAUAGAGUUUCCCAUAUGGCUGAAGAAAUAUGUAAAUGAGGAGACAAAUGGAGUUACUAACCAAGAUAUAAUUGCCUUGUCUCGCAGUCCUGCAUCAAUGGCCAUAUCAUGGAACAUGUAUUUUAUCAAUGGGUACAAGUUUCAUACUGAAGAAUGGAGCAAAGGUAGAAAAACUAGCAAUUGUUGUGUGCACGUGAAAGGUCUUGCAGAAGGAGGAAAUACUGAUUUUUAUGGAAUAAUCAAACAUAUCUUUGAGCUAGAUUACUUUGGUCUGAAGCAUAAGAUUCCAGUUUUUUAUUGUGAAUGGUUUGAUCCAACAAGGAAUACGGGCACAAAGGUUCACCCACAAUAUAAAACUGUGGAUAUUAAGAUGGAUAAACGUUAUCGUCCUUAUGAUCCUUUCAUCCUUGCGCAAAAUGCAAGACAAGUGUAUUAUGUCCCAUAUCCAGAAAUGUGUAGAGAUAUGCGUGGAUGGUGUGCGGCAAUCACCACAAAACCAAGGGGUCGCGUAGAGAUUGACAACAUAGAGGAUGAAGUACCUUAUCAAUCUGAUGGGAUGUUACCGGCGCUACCCAAUGUAGAAGUUGAAGCAAUAUCUUGUUUGCGUGACAUGUCACAAUUAGAUGUGUUUGAAGAGAUUUUUGAUUGCUCUACUAGUGAAGCAGAUAGAGGGCAUUGA